AUGCCUCCCAGCCCCACAGGCCCGGCCGACGCCACACCACUCCCUGCCUGCGCCUAUUCUCUCGCCGCCACCCUUGCAGCCCGGGCACCCAGCCCCAUACCUCCCAGCCCCACAGGCCCCGGAGAAGCUCUCUGCCCCCUCCCUGCAUGCCCUGCCAUGCCAGUAGUCACCCCAGCACCACUGGGAGCACCACUGAUGAAAAUAGAAGAGCUCUAUUCUCUUGCUGCCACUCUCGCAACCCUAGCACCCAGCCCCAUACCUCCCAGCCCCACAGGCCCCCCCGACGCUCUCUGCCCCCUCCCCGCAUGCCCUGCCAUGCCAGUAGUCACCCCAGCACCACUGGGAGGACCGCUGCUGAAAAUAGAAGAGCUCUCAGCUGAAAUGAAGACAGGGGAUUUCGAGGGUGCCACACCUGCAGCAGCAGCAGCAGCAGCAGCAGCAGCAGCAGCUGUACCAGAGGCAGCAGCAGAGGCAGCGGCACCAGAUAAUCCAGCACCUGCCCCCUCUCUCCCCGUGCCGCCCAACCCCAAAAAUCCGCCGGAAAAACGCGCCUGA